AUGAGACCCCCGCGCGAAAUACAUUCUAGUCCACCCCGGCCUUCACGAGAUAGUCUACUCUACCUCCGAAAUCUGCUACACUCAGAGAGUAACAACUCGAAUCCUGAUGAUACCGAUCGUGCACUGCAAACACUGAACCAAGAAAUUGAAGAACACCGCCUUGAUACAGCGCGCCAACUCACCCACGCCGAACAAUCACGGGCCACAGUCCAGCAACAACUUCAACAGUUAGCAUCGGACGUGACCAACCCUUCUCGCAGAUAUACAUCCAGUAGAGGAAUUUCGGAUCGACUCCGUCCCGAGCGAACAACGUCAACUUUGAGCCCCGCCUCGUCAACCCAGGAGCCCCGCUCGACAAACAGACUGAUAAGACGCCGCUCGUUCAGAGCUGAUUUCCGAGGGAUUGACCCGAGCACUCUCACAGCGCCAAUUCCCACACCGUCCCUCAUGCCGCAGUCCGCACAGACGAGUCGUAGUGGCCGUGAUGGCCGGGGGAGGUUGAAGCGACGAAAGUUAGACACCGACGACAACCGCGAGGGAAUGCGGGGCUUUAACUACGGACAGUAUGGCCAAGUAGUACCAGGAGCACUGAAGAUGGAACUUGCCAGCUGUGAUGGGGGCAUUUAUGACCCGGAUGGCGACUGCUCAUUCCCGGAGAAUAUUCUACGGAACGACAAUUCGGUCUACUGUACCAAGUCCGACCGCUGCAACCUGGUUCUGCGACAUCAAGGCGAAGCGCCCUUCUGCUUGAAGAAGCUUGUCAUUAAAGCGCCUCGAAAUGGAUAUGAUUCUCCUAUCCAAGAAGGCAUGGUUUUUGUCUCGAUGACAUCAGAUGAACUGCUCGCCCGCACAGCCCGAUACCAAAUCCAAUAUUCAAGCGUGCACCGCCGUCAACACCGCCGACGCAUGCAGGCCUUGCCCUCACAAGAGUACCUAAAUUCCUACCGCGCACCCCUACAAUCCCUAGAACGCACUGUCCUAACAGGGCCAAAUGCCCUCCCCACAAACAACGAAACGCCCGAACCCCUCGCCUCAACCCCACACUCCGAGUUCCGCAUCACAACCGACUACAACGAGAGCUCCGAAGACAGCGUCUUCCACGACCAAGACGACUCCAAUGAAGACGUCGCCGAACUAGAACGACUGGAAAAUGAGGAAGACCCCCUCUGCUCCGACAGCGAUGAGAGCUUCAGCGAAGACGGAAACGAAGAAGAGGAAGAAGAGAGAACCGGCUUGACAGAUAACAAUCGCCGUCUCCGCGAACUAUCCCGCCGCGCCGGCUUCAUGCGAGGAGGCUGGUCUGGAUCCGAACCGCGGCGCCAAGGCCAACCUAGCCUCAUCGACCCGAUCCCGCCCCCGCCAGUUGGGUCUGGAUCUGGAUCUGGGUCUGGGGCCGGGCUCGGCGGGGCAAGCGGGGCCGAAGUAAUGAAGCCUCAUGCACGAUUCUUCAUUGAGAGGGAGAAGAGUAUGGUUAGCAUCAAGUUUGAUCCUCCACCAUCCGGCCGCUUCAUCCUAAUCAAACUCUGGAGUCCACGCAACGCCGAUAACAUCGAUAUCCAAAGUAUCAUUGCACACGGGUACGCUGGACCACGAUUCUUUCCCAGCGGCGGGUUCCGCUAG